CAAUUAUUUAUUUUUCUCAGUGAAACCUAAAUUGCUAGACUCAUUCAUUUGCUUACUGCUUCAAGUUUUCCAAUUGAUUCAUUUUUAUUUAUUAUUUCCCAUCCUAAACUUCCCAAUCCGAAAUCGGCAAGGGUGGCGUUCAAGUCGCAUGUGAGAGAGAACUCGGACUCGGAGACUCAAUCGGGGUUGAAAUCGGAUUUGAACUUGAACCUUCUUUUUCUUUUCAAACUCAGGUUGAGAUAGCCACGGCCGGGAGGGGCAAAGCCACCGGAAAUGCACCGCCCACGCAUCCUCUUCCUUGACGCCCACGACUCCUUCUCCAACAACAUCACCUCCCUACUCGCCACUCUACUCAACGCAGACGUCUUCGUCCUGCCCAUCGACGACCCCCUUCUCCCAUCCCAGACCCCGACCAACCUACCCAACACAUCCACCGCCACUACCACCACUACCACCACCACCCCACCCAAUGGCCCGAAAGAUGACCCCCGCAGAGCGCGCUUCAUCGCCGAGCUAGCGCGCUACGACGCCGUCGUGUGCGGGCCGGGCCCCGGCAGCCCCGACAACGACGCCGACGUCGGCCUGAUGCGCCACGUCUGGUCGCUGGCUAAUUCCGAGCUCCUGCCCGUGCUGGGCGGAGACGUUGGGGAGGCAGAGUGGGAGGCGGCGAGGUGGGAGCCGUUCGGCGCGUGCCCUGACCUGGUCCCGCUUGCGUGGGUGGAGGAGCAGCGCGAGGAUACCGGGACCGAGAGGAUUCUUAUGGCGGUUAAGCACAAGGCCAAGCCCUUCUGGGGCGUGCAGUAUCACCCGGAGUCGGUGUGCACUGAGGAGGAGGGGAAUAAGGUCAUCCUGAACUGGUUCCGCCAAGCCCAGAGGUGGAAUGAGGAGAUGGGGAGGGUGCUGAAGCUAGACGGCCACGGGCUUGCAAGGACGGCGACGAAACCCAGUUUGCUUUCCCAACUGGACGGGUGGCCGACGGAGCACGGCACCCGGCAGUGGUGGGAAGUGCUCGAGGCGAACCCGGAGCUGCACUGCACCACGGUACCGCUACCCGACGGUGUCCAAAUACCAGACAUCGUCGAGGCAGUCGCUUCCGAGUGCUCGGAGCGGAUAGUCCUCGAUUCGGCCAACGCCGCACCGGCAACAUCAAGGGCCGAUGUGCGAGGGAGAUACAGCAUCAUCGCCGCCGGGCUUGAUGAGGCCCUGCGGAUCGAGCAUCACGUUGGUGAUUCCUACGCCACCAUCAAGGUUGGGUCUUUCGGGGGGUCGCCCGUGAACCUCACAGACAAAAUACCACUCGACGGGGAUAGGGAUGUUUGGGGUUUGAUAGCUGCCUUCCACCAGGCCCGGCAUCUGCCCGCCACAGAACCCUCGUAUACCCCUUUUGUUGGUGGUUUCAUGGGGUACAUCACUUACGAACAAGGCCUGAGUCGUAUCGGUGUCUCACUAGAACAGCCGCGUCCGCACCACCGGCCAGAUGUGUCGCUUGCCUGGGUCACUAAGAGCGUCGUGGUCGACCAUCUACAGCAAGAAAUUCACGUCCAGCACUUGAGUUCCGCGAAUUUGGAGAGGGGCAGUUGGAUGGACCAGGCAGCAGACAAGCUCCGGUCUCUCCAAAACCCUCAGCGCAGACCCUCUUUCAACAAGCCGGUGGUGGCGCCGUCAACCCUACCACUAAAGUCCCGGCGUCCCUCGAUGAGCGUAUCGAUCCAGCCACCUCAAACGAAGGAGUACGAAGCUAAAGUCCGAGUCUGCCAAGAAUACAUCGCGGCCGGCGAGUCCUACGAGCUCUGCCUCACAGACCAAACCAGCAUCAUCCGGCCCCAGAGCGACACUCUCCUCCGCCCCAACACCGCCCACCUCCCGCCCUCCUCGCGCAAGGAGCAGCAGCAACAACAACACCUUCCCGUCCAUCCGUCACCCUCACCCUCCACUCCAUCCUCCUCCUCCUGGGCGCUCUUCAAACGCCUCCGACGCCACCAGCCCGCACCCUUCGCCUCCUACCUCCGGCUCGGCGGCGCGACGCUUGUGAGCGCAUCACCAGAACGGUUCCUGACCUACGACCGGGGCGGGCGGUGCUCGAUGCGGCCGAUGAAGGGCACGGUGCGCAAGUCGGCGCGGGUGGCGACGCUGGCGCAGGCCGAGCGCAUCCUGCACGUGCCCAAGGAGGAGGCCGAGAACCUCAUGAUCGUCGACCUGGUCCGCCACGACCUGCACGGCGUGUGCGGUGCCGGCCGGGUUUGUGUUCCGGAUCUCCUCCGUGUUGAGGAGUAUCAGAGCGUGUUUCAGAUGAUUACUGUCGUGGAGGGCCGCUUGCCUCCUGCUCUUCCUGCCUCCGCGGCGAGAGAUGGGAAGGCUGCCGGCGGUGGUGGGUAUACCGGGUUGGAUGUCCUCGCCGCGAGUCUCCCGCCGGGCAGCAUGACGGGCGCACCCAAGAAGCGGAGCUGUGAGAUCCUGCAGGAGAUCGAGGGGCAUAAGGAGCGGGGGCUGUACUCGGGCGUGGUCGGGUAUAUGUGCGCUACCGGGCGGGGUGACUGGAGCGUGACGAUUCGGAGUCUGUUCCGGUGGGACGAUGAGCAGGUUGUGGUGAACGGCGACGAGGGCCCGGAGACCCACGAGGUGUGGCGGAUCGGCGCAGGAGGGGCGGUUACUAUCCUGAGCACCCCCGAGGGCGAGCGGGAGGAGAUGUUUACGAAGCUUGCGGGGCCCCUGCGGAUAUUUGGGGAGGAGCCGGGCCGGGAGUAGUGGUACGGGUUUAUUUUGGCGUCUCAACUGGAUUCAAUAAAACGGGGGAAGCGGGACCGGCAUUCAACUUGUCUGGCGGAUGUUUGCAAUACGGGGGAGUACCGGCGUUCUUCACUCAUAGAUGGGUUAGGCCUCAACAGCGGCAUUUGGGAUACAAGCUUUAACGCGUUGUACAUAUAACAUAGGAAGGCGGAAAUAUAGGGGAAUAUGACUGCACCGUCCCUCCCGUUACACCUUUCCAAACCGCGAG